UCCGCAGUUCCACAGAAAACAAUAAUAUAGUUCGAGAAAGAAAAAUUGGCAGACACAUACAAAUAAAUCCGUGCUGAAAAAAUUAUUGCAUCAUGUUGUCGCGUAUGUGCGUAGCACGAUCCACCAUCAACGUAGGCUAUACCCUCAAAUCAUCAGUUCCCAGUAAUUUUGUACCAAAGAAUUAUGUAGUGCGGUGCUAUGCACGAGCACCAGGACCCCGUACUAGAGUUGCUUCUCAAUCACAAGCAUCAUCACUAUGGUCUCGACUGAUGGCCCCAGCUGGACCUAAUGCAUUCAGCAUGGGAAAAGGUGCUUUGGCGGGGGCAUCAGCUGUUGGCUUGGGCGCACUUUGUUAUUAUGGUUCAGGUAUAAGGCCCGGUGUGUGCACAGAAGCACAUCUCUGGCCACAAUAUGUGAAAGAUCGCAUUAAAGCAACAUAUGGGUACAUUGCUGGUUCCAUAGUCUUAACUGGGGGUAGUGCCUACACAGUAUUCAGAACACCUGCACUAUUAAACCUAGUUGCAAGGAAUGGGUGGAUGUCCAUCAUAGUGACUCUAGGCAUGAUGAUUGGCUCUGGAAUGGUUGUGCGAGGUAUGGACUACACACCCGGGUUUGGUGCCAAACAAUUAGCUUGGAUAGUACACACUGGUAUAAUGGGUGCUGUCAUUGCACCUAUGUGCUUCCUAGGCGGCGCUGCUCUUACUCGUGCUGCUUGGUACACAGCUGGUGUGGUAGGCGGUCUAAGCACAGUUGCAAUCUGUGCUCCAUCGGGUGAAUUCUUGAACAUGCGCGCACCACUGGCCAUGGGUCUAGGGGCCGUAUUUGCUGCAUCUCUGGCCAGCAUGUUCGUACCACAAGCUACUGCACUUGGAGCAGGACUCUAUUCAAUCAGUUUGUAUGGUGGUCUGAUAGUAUUUGGCGGUUUCCUAUUGUACGACACACAAGCUAUUGUCAAACGCGCUGAGGUUCACCCCAUGUACGGAUUACAGCCCUACGACCCGAUAAACUCAGCUAUUUCGGUAUACCUUGACAUCAUAAACAUCUUCAUGAGAAUUGCCAUCAUCAUGUCUGGAGGCGGCGGCAACAGGAGGAAGUAAAAGUAUGGAAACUGGCUAGUGCUUUCAUAUUAUAAUUAUUUGCUGUAAAAAAAUCGAACAAAACAAAAUUGUUGGUAGACAGCAGAAACUUAGGAAAUAAAUAAAUAUAAUGUUGUUGACUGAAACAAAUUAAUACUGAAUGUGAUAUUAUUGUUGUGUAGUCAGUAAGUUGGUGUAUGUCGUAUUAUUAUUUGGCAUUAAUAAAUGGACAAGUAGUCGUGAUUGACUUUUUUUAUACCCUAAUGUUUUAUAAAAUUACAAUAAAAACUAACAGUCGCAAAUUCAAGAUUUAAGAAAGACAAUUUAAGAAGUUGUCUUAGAAUGCUUGGUAUUAGUGAUUGAACAGUGUUAAAUUGAAAAAGAAUGAAAUCGCACUAAUACUACUGAUUACACAACAGAUCUGAAUUACAAACUGUAGAAACAAACAGGUAAUUAUUUAUUCAAAUUAUAGAAUUCACAGUAUUCAAAAACAA